AUGGAAGUUGUUGGCAAGACUCUCAGCAGCACAAUGAGCGAAGAGGAAGAGCAACUCAUGUGACUGGAAAGUGAAAAGCAUCUCUUGGAAGACAUGGAGGAGUCGGAGCUGAGACAGGCACAGAUGGUUUCACUGCAGCAACAAUUCACCAGGAUGGAAGGGACAGUACGGUCGCUGCUGCAGAGCCAGGGAAUCCUGGAGCAGACUGCUGUUGAAACAGUGAACAUCAUGAAGGCCAACAAGGAUGAACACUUUGAGGAAGUCCAAAACCAGCCAAAUGAGCCUGAAACAAAGGGCUUUCAGCAGGCCUCUGAAGUGGAGCUGAACCCUAACCCUGAUCCUGAUUUCAGCCAAGACAGAACCAUGUUUCUUCUGGAGCGACUAAAGGCACUGGAGAAGGAGAAUUCUGCAUUGGCUUUGGAGAAUGAGAUCCAGAGGGAACAGUAUGAAUGCUGCCUUGAUGAGGUGGCCAAUCACGUUGUGCAGGCUGUUCUCACCCAGAAGGAUCUGAGAGACGAAUGUCUGGAGCUGCGCACUAGAGUUUUUGAUCUGGAGCAGCAGAAUUGGGCUCUGAGUGUUUUGUUCCAGCAGAAGAUCAGGCCUGCCUCAGACCUUCUACUUCAGAAACUCUACUCUCGCAUUGUGCAUCUGUCUGCGGUAGAUUUGCUUCUGGAGCAGGAGAAAAGCAAGGACUUCUUCCUCUCCAGGAAUACAGACUUCUCAUCAAAUGAGGUGCAGUCAAAUGGAAAGCCAUCAAAACCACCAACCAAGUCCCUGAGCCAGCUCAGUCUGACAGGACUAGCGCCGGUGUAUCCUCAGAGCAGUUGUAGCAGCAGUGAAAUAUCCCUCUCCAGUGCGUGCAGUGAAUUCUCCAGUGGCUCAUAUACUUGGAAUGAUGGAUUGUCCUGUGGAAAAAUGUCGCCUGUGACCUGGGAGAGGAGGCUAAAUUUGGGUUUGGCAGCCCAGAGUAAUAUCUGUGGCCCACUGGAGGAGCAGUUGCCCACGAGGCUUAAGGAAAGCCAAAUACUAGAGGGACUUAGGAAGCUCCAGAGGAGGACGCACAAGAGCCGCUCCACCUCAUCCAAAGUCUCCAAGUCAGGCGAAAAUGAGUGCAUGAACUCCAACGAGGGCAUCUACUCCCUGGGUAUUAAAAGUAGCAGCAAGAUGGCAUCCAAGCUUAUGCAUGUGAACAAAACCUGUUCAGUUGAGUUCUGCUCUGAUUCUGACGAUCCAAAUGUUGAACCGAUACAUUCCAGUCGAAGAGACAGCGCGUCUAUAAAAGACAGUUGGUUUCACUGUAAUCAGCGCUCCCGAAGCAUUCCAGAAAGCUUAUGUAGCUGGGAGGAACUAAAGGUCAAUGGAACUGGAGGUAGACGUGAUAGUGUUUCAGGAUCUGGAGUUACCGUGCAGUCUACAGGUUAUAACUUGAACCACCGACCUGAAAACGACACUAAUUCCAUCAACACUGAUCUCCCUGAGGGAAAGCAGACAUCAGCUUCUAUUGAACGACCUCGGGUACAUUUGGAACUCUUGGACCUAGAGUGUCCCAAACAUGUCCCUGAUGAAGAUUAUCCAGAAGUACUUUUUUCUGAGUCCAGUGAAAUCACAGUGUCAUUGAGCCAGUUCCCAGACGAAGCCAAGAGACAGUCUAAGAUGCUUUCAGGAGACACUGCCAAGGUCCCUGCUCAACAGGGAGACCAACAAUGCACCCAGUCUGUGGAUCACAGUCUUUUAACUUUGAGUUUAUCUCGGGAACCCAUCACUGCCAAAUGCAUGCUUUCUGAAGUACAUAUUUCAGCAGUAUUUGAUGCAGAAGGAGAGUUUAUUAAACAUGGUACACCAAAAAGCACAAAACAGUCUCUUGCAAAGUCGUCUGAUCAACAUCUACGGGGGAGAAAUAUAGGCAAACAUCCAAGUAAAGGACAUUCAAUCACUUCUACCAUAGACUCUUGUCCUAAUUUUAAUGGUUCAAAAAUAACCAGUCAUGACAAACCUUUAACAUCUCCACCAACAUCGUCAAAGUGCACUACCACUGAACAAAGCAAGACUGGAAACUCAGGACUCCUAGAUCAGGAUAAACCCUCCUGUUUUCCACCAGAUAAAACAUCCAGGUUUAUCAAGACAACAGGACACUGUUUACAAAGCUCAAAGCCUUCUAAUGGAGCAAAAUAUAACAAGGGCUCUACAUCCAAUUCUUCAAAUCCUUCAAGAUGCAUGGAGUCUACUUACAAUGGCAAACAGAAAACCAGAGACAACGACUGUGAACCCAGCAAAAAUAAACUCAGGAUCCCCUCUCCUCCCUCCUCCCCAGACAGAACAGCUUCAAUAUUGAAUAAACCAAAGUGUGAAGGGUCACCUCAAAAACCUACAAUAGGUGUAGCUCAACAAACGGCACCAACUACUGUAAGAGGCCCUCCCCCGAGGUACCACAAUCCUGUCAUACCAAAUAUGCAAAGUACACUUCCAAUCAAGGACAAAAACUGCUUGGACCCAGAUGCAGGCUGUGGGACCAAAUUAUCACCACAAAAACCUGUUGACAGAACCAGUCAGCACCUUCGAAAGGCCGCCGCCAUAACGGAGACAUCUAUGAAACACACCUUCAAGCAAACAAACACCAAGGUCUACCUCCCUUCUGCAAAUGCAGGGUUCACUCCAGAAGCUGAAAAUGUCCCCACAAGUUCAAAGAAUCCACCUCCUUACCACUGUGCCCUUAAAGGUUCUCCAAAUCAGAGCUCUUCUCCAGGUAAAAAAGGACCAACCCAUGAAAACCACCAUGUUAAAAAGAACUCUAUCGGUAUAUCUACAUUAUUUGAAGACACUCUUCAUUAUAAGGUGGAGCCUGAAAAAUCUCUUUCUGUCUUAGGCCCACCUAGCACAGCUAUAGUACCCACCAACCCAGUGAAAAAAGCCUUCAAGACAUCAUCAACAUCAGGAUUUAAAUCAGUUUCCAAAUCUCCCAGUAACCCCAAAACUAGCAUCGCCAUUCCAGGAAAACAAGAGAAAGACCAUAUCAACUCAGUCUCCAAGGAGACAACCUCGAACACUUUUGCACACUAUGACAGAUUACAGCCAGUGCACCAUGAUUCACCAACCAAUUGUCCCAUAACAAAGGGGGUCGAGGCUAACAGUAGGCUACAGGAAGGAGAAUUACACGCUGAAGCUUCACCAGAAGAGGGUUUUGUUUGUGGCGAGGGCAUACGGUUCUCAAGGUCUGUCUCGGUAACUGCCAAGCCGCAAUUGAAGCCAGUUCUGGGCAUGAACGGAGCCAAAGCACGCAGCCAAAGUUUUAGUACAAACUAUAUUGAAAAGCCCAAAAAAACUGCUCUGGAUGGACAGGGAAAAAUCAGAACACAGAUCAUCACCAAAUCAUCUGAAAGGGGAAAUUCAGUGUCAGGACAGAGCCCUGUGGACAUACCUGGUGUUCGAUUUGCUGAAAGCCCUGCUCAUCCGCCCAGGUCCAGGAUCAGCUUAUGUGGUGGUUUAAGCAGUUUAAAUAGUCAUCACGAAGCGUCACAAAACUCGUGUAAAGAUGCAGAUAUGAAUUCAUCUCGCCAAAAGGUGACACGUUGCCUAUCUAACAAUGAUCAGACGGGUUUAAAAGUUAUUCGGAGACCAGCAAAAGUUUCCCCUCGACCAUCUUCUUGUGUGUAUAGCUCGGAAAAGGUAGUGCAAAAAACGGCAAUUAUAUCAAACACCACCAGUGAGAAAGACUUGAGCAGGAAAAUUGAAACUGGAACAGAUUUGCGAAACAAACCUCUGGAAAUUGGGAAGAAAAAGGUUGGCCAUACAGUGUGCGCUAUCGAAAAAAAGGUCAUGAUGGGAAUUGAAGAGAAUGUGCAGAAAUGUCAAGAACUGGAAAAAGUCACUGUCAGUGCGACUAAACAAAAGACAAGUUCCUCUUUGGCAAACUGGUUUGGCCUUCGUAAAAGCAAGCUCCCAGCACUAAGUGGCAAGAAAAUAGAUUUCCCUAAAGGUAAAGAGGAGAAGAAGAUGAAGAAUGGAUCUCUUUUAGGAGGAAAACAGAUGCAGUCUGAUAAGAAGAAGGACAAGAAGAAAAAUGAAAACCAACAGAAAGAUAAUCAAGAGAUGCAGAAUCUGUCCGACCUCAACAGCAGGUUGAGCUCGAUCAUGGACCACUGCAACCAUCGGAUGGGACAGAUUGCCAGUCACAUCCAAAGUGAGAAUAUAAAAAGUAUUUUUCUUCACAGGUCUACUGUGAGUAGUAAGACUGAGACUGCAUCACCAGCUGAGAUAUCUACACACAAGAAGCACUGUGGAACCAGGGGAGACAUGGAGCUCUCUUCUGAUUCUCCAAUCCUCAUGAUUAAUCAGAGAAUCAGCACAAAUGCUGAAAAUGAGGUUGCCAGCAUCCUUGAUCCAGCCGCUCAAGAUCACAUCCUAGGCUCUGGUUGUCAGAUGCGAACUCUGGACAGUGGGAUCGGCACAUUCCCGCUCCCUGAUUCCAUCACUCGUGCCAGCGGUCGAUACAUCCCUAAAUCGGAAUCAGGACAAUCUGACGGGGUUACGCCGAGCUCCUCUGAACUUGAGUCGGACACACUCUCUCGAUCAGAUCCCUGUUAUCCUCAUUCCCUCCAGAAAACUGAUCAGCAUACUGCCGCUAGUGUGACUCUUUCUGAUUCCAACGUGACCUACAGACGCACCAGCCAGAGCUGCUUGUCCAAAUUAGCAACUACAGAUGAUGUCAGGAAAAAGAGAUUAAGGCUUUGUGCUCCACGGGACAUCAUCUCUUCUGAAGACAAGGAAACAGAAACCGAGAGGAAGAUAAUAACCGAGGAAUUUGAUUCUACUGCUCAGGAAAGAACCGGACAGGUGAGCACGUACUCAGGGAGCAGCAGCGACGCCAUGUCUGAAAUAGGAGGACCCAGAAGUACGUUAAGGUCAAGGACAGGGACAGUGAUCAACGACAGGAAGACGAGCAACUCAGCUGACCACAAUGAAGAGACACUGAAGAGGAGAAGUUUGGGGACGUCUUUGUGCAUCAUAGAUUACUACCAACAUGAUAGGCCCACACACUUGAAGCUGGAUGGCCCGAGAAUUUCACAGUAUAAUUUGUUGCAAAACGAGUCACCCAUGGAUGGCUACACAGAAAAGAAACUCAGUAAAGAACCUCCCCUGGUGAAGAUGCCAAUGGAGGUGAACCAACAAGACUUCCCCGUGAAGUCCCUUAACUAGCUAGAUCUAAGUGGAUCCAGCAAUGGCCAUAGUACCUUCAAAUAACUUGUUAUUGUGACAUAGCAAAAAGCACAAAGAGGCUGCUGUAAAAAAAAUGUUAUGUCCACCUCCAACUUCUCCAGAGGGUCUCAGGGUGAUGUAGUCGUCUCCUGGACUAUUUCCUGUACAACAGUUUUUUCCUCUGGCACGAGUCGGGGUUCCACCAUCAUGCAGGGGCAAGGUCAAAUAUUCAAGGCGGUGGUGGAGAUCCCUGAUGGGAGAGAAAAUCCAAAUAGGAUUCUUAUGCCAUAGCCAUAGCCAUAAGUUGUAUCAUGUGCCAAAAAUCAGUCAAUUUUCUGCUAAUUUGUCUUGAAAACAGACUGCAAUGUUUUUUUAACAAUGGAGAGUCAUUGUUUGUAUGUAAAUUAAGCACUUAGUUGACCUGGGAACAUCAACUCAGACGACAGCAAUUAAAUAAAAUGACUCUCUGUGUUUUGGACUGAGUAACAUUGCACAGUGUUCCUGAAGAAGCUUCUUGGAUAAGAGGUGAAACACCCUUCAGAAACCAAGCCAGUCCAGGUGCCUACUUUUCAAACCACGUCUGACCAGGUCAAAGCGAAUGAUAAUAAAACUGGUAUAAUGGUGUAAUAUAAUAAUAUAUUUAUUCAGGAAAACCUUAUUUACUGUUUAUUUCAAGAGGGUCUUGGUCCUGUAUUAAAUUUAAUGAUGUGAAAUAUGUUGGGAAAUGAGCUCUCGCCGUGUGGUAGGUAUAUAUUGCAAAGGAGCGAAGCACACAUAUAGCAAAUGACCAACGUUUCUGCCCAAAUCCAUCCACUGCCGUAGCUCAGGGAAUAUAUUUAUACUCCUACAAUCUGUACUAACUCACCAUACAACCAUCAGGAAAGUGUGAAACUUAAUAGCGCUCUGUCAUUUUUUUACUAUAUUUCUAUGUGAAAAGUAGCAGGGUAAACUGCAACUCUCUGAACCUCAAUUUGCUCCAUAUGUUAGUUUAUAUUGACUUUUAAUAAAGAAUAACUCAGAUAACUAACUUAAUAUUACAGCAGGCGUUGCAGAUAAUUAUAAUUUAACAGCAGGCAAAAAUAAUAUAUAUGUUUUUCCAGGUAACAUUUUAAUCUUCUACACAUCAGGGCUAGUCUCUUAUGAAGUGAUAUAUAAAUAUAUUUCUGUUUUCGCUCUUUUUUCAUUUUGAGUGCAGAGGUCACAUUAACAUGUUCUUACUUUUUUUUUUUUUUAAUUUAGGCAGAAAUGAUACCAUAUUCUUGUCUUGAAUGUGACCGGCUGCUGCAGUGUUUAGAGCCAAUCUUGUGUUCAAAUGUUUGUCUAUAAAACUGUUAAUAUUGUACAGGGAGACACUGAAAAUACUUUGUGUAAUAAUACCUACAUUUUUACACCCUCAGGCAGUAUUUUGACUGUUAAGCUGUUUAAAUCGUUCCCUAAAUGUUUCUGUUUCGAGCAAAUCUAGCCAGCAGUGUUUGUUUUUUAUUUUUUGAUAAUAUUAUUGUAUGUAUAAUGUAUGUAAUUUAAUGAAAGGUCUAAUUAAUUGCAUUUUGCUUCAUAAUUAAUAAAAAUGAGAUGCUAUUUUCAAUUUUUGGAAGA